GAAUAAUUUAGUCCGGGAUAUGGAGAGACAUACAACAUCCCCUGUUCAUGCAGAUUGUGAAUAUGCACAUAUGGCAUGGAUUUCUCGGGGGCGUAUUGAUGACCACAUUUUAUUCAACCGAGAGGAAAUUAUAACCCAAAAUCGUUAUAUUAUCCAUAAUAUAAUUGAUGCUAUUGUGUAUUUAAUACGGGGCAAUAUUGCUUUUUGGGGAAGCAAUUCUCAUGAUGGUAAUUUUUCAAGACUUAUAACUUUGAUCUCAAAGAAUGUUCCAGUAUUAAGAGCAUAUCUAGAGAAAAAUAGUAGUUUACAAGGAAAAAGUGGUAAUAAAAUAUUAAGGCCACAAAUAAACUUCAUAUCCUAUGGCCAUGUUAAAAAAUUGGCUAAGAUAAUAAAAAUAAAAAUAUUGAAUGAAAUAAUUAAACAAAUUAUUUCAAAUUGUGCCUUUAGCUUAAUAUUAGAUGGUACAUAUGAUAUUUCAAAAAAGGAAUGUGUUGCCUUAAUUAUAAGGUAUAUACAAGAAUAUCCACACCCACACCCAGUAGAAAGAAUUAUUAAUAUUUUUACAACUUCUGACACAACAGGAGAAAAUAUUAAAAAUAAUGUUUUAACUAAAUUAAAGGCAUUACAUCUUCCACUAGAAUACCUGAUUGGGCAAAGUAUGGAUGGUGCUAGUAAUAUGAGAGGUGUUAAUAAGGAAGUACAGGCUUUAAUAUUUAAAGAAGCUCCUAAAGCUAUUUAUGUCUGGUGCCAUGCUCAUAGGCUUAAUUUAAUUGUUAUUCGUAUAUGUGGAUAUGGGAAUGAAAUUAAAAAAACUAUGGGAAUUUUAGAUGAAUUAUAUAAUUUUAUGAAUGGAGUUAAACGCCAGGGUGUUUUUACCAAAUUUCAAAUGCAAAAAACCAAAAAAUCUCUCAAAAGAAUAAAAAACACAACAAGAAAUUGGGCAUCAUCUUUCAAAGCAUUACAAAAUUUUUUAGAUGUUUAUGAAUAUAUAAUAGCCUCCUUGACAGAGUUAAGCAAUUCCGAUGACGCAAUCACAUUUUCAAUUUCUGAGGGAUUGCUAUCUAGAAUAAAACGAUAUGAUUUUAUUUUAGGAUUAUUUAUUUUAAGAAUAAUCUUAAAAUGUACACAUGAAACUUGCAUUGAAAUGCAGGCAAUUGGAAAUGAUUUAGCAAUGAUGAUUAAAUUGAUCCAACAUACAAAAAAUAAAUUCCAAAGAUUAAGGGCAAAUGGUGAUAAUAUAUUAACAUCAUUACAUACCGAUGUUAAAUCAUUUAUGGAUAAGAAUAAUGUUACAACCGAUAUUUAUAAUAUUAAGUCAAUAUUUAAAUUGGAUCAAAAAGAGUUUGAUAAUUAUAUUGAACAACAAAAAGAAAAAUAUAAAAAUGAAAAUUUUUACCCAGUGAUUAAUAUGAUCAUUGAACAAUUAAAUGAAAGAUUUAAUUAUGAAUCAUUAAACUUUUUAAAUCAGAUUUCUAUUUUUACUCCUGCGGGAUUAGCAGAUAAUGAGAAUAUAGAAAUUUCCCAGAUAUCUGAAAUUGUGUGUUUAUAUAAUUUUGAUCCACAGAAAAUUAUAGAUGAAUUUUCCAAUUUUAGACCAUUAUACUUAGAUUCCUUAUCAAUCAUUUAUAGUAAAGAUUUAAUCAAUAUUAGAAAAAAUGAUACCUUAUAUGAUGAAAGUGAAAACAUUAUAAAUGAUAGUAAAAUGACCGAAACAAAAAGAUGGCUGAAAUAUUCAUUUAUUCUACCAUAUAGAUUAUUAAUUAAAUCAAGUUCUUUUCCUUAUCUUAAAACGUUAUAUAAAUAUUUUAUAACCCUCCCCACCACCUCAUGCUCUGCUGAAAGAGCUAUGAGUAAAGUCAAAAUUGUUAAAACACGUAUUCGAAAUAAAAUCUCUGAUUCUUUUUUAGAAAAUUUAUUAUUAAUAUCAAGUGAAAUUGAUAUAUAUGAUACAUUUAAAACAGAAGAUAUUAUUACAGAUUUCGCGUUAACUUCUAAAAGACUAUCUAAUCUUUUAAUUGGAUAAUCCUUUUUUUUAAAUAUUAAA